AUGGAGAGGCUCCCGUCGGAGCUGUGCUCGAGGGUCUUCUUCCUCCUGGAUCACCGCGCCCUCGCCGCCGCUCUCCAAGGUCAGCCUCGCCCCGCCGCUCGUCGCCGGAGACGGCGACGGCACAAUUCUUCUACUCUCUCUCUCUCUCUCUCUCUCUCUGCAUGAUCAUCGAGAUCUGGGAAUGCUGUCGCCUGCUCUGUGAAUCAGAAGCCAUGCACGAAUUAGGGUAGGAAAUCCUCGCGAUCUUCAGAGGGAACGAGAACUGUGGAGUAUAAUUCGGAGCGUUCCGAGGAGUUUUCAGACCUCGGGCAGUGAUUAAUGGCGGAUCUCUCUCUCUAAAGCUUCCCGAACAUGGUGGUGCUGCGGCAGUGUGCAGGGCAUGGAAGAGGAUGGCCUCGGAAGACGCUCUAUGGAGCAGGCUUUUCGCCGAUCGAUGGGGCGCUGCCAGCGCACAGUUCUACGCUCCUCCCCUCGACGGCGCCAAAUCGUGGAAGGACGUCUACGAGGUGCAGGAUCGCUGCGAUCGGAUCGGAAUGUGAGCUCCUCCCCCACCAUCUUCUUCUUCCUCCAGAUCCGGCGGGCGACUGAGCCGCCGCUGCUGGUAGCAGGAGCCUGAAGAUCGUCCGGGAAGGCAGAGACUACUAUCUCGUCUACCAGGGCCAGAUCCAGCGGCUGCUCGGCACUCGCAGUGCGGACGGCGGCGAGGCGGUGGCGGAGGGCGGAGCCGACGGCCCGCCAGGGUCGCCGCCGGCGCUGUCGGAGAAGAUGCUCUUCUUCCUCGGCGACCUGGAGGCCGCCUGCGCCCUCGCCAGGAGAACUCGAGAUCGAACGUGA